AUGUGUGCUAAAAUGGCAUUUACCCAUCAACCUGGCACUGCCAUGGAAUGCCUUAGUGUAAUUAUACCCACUCCAAUAAAAUUCAAUUUAUAACAAUAACCUAAUAUUAUUAACUAUCCACAUACUUUUUAGAUACCUAUAACUUUAACCAAAGAAUCAGCGAUUGAUACUGAAGGCCAAGAAUUACUAAAAUGUGGGUUCAAAAUUGGAGGAGGCAUCGAUCAAGAUUUUAGAAGAAGUCCCCAAGGAUAUACAGACAAUGUAUGGACUUAUAUUUAAGAUAGGUUCAAUAUUUAUAUUUGAAUUAACCAUAUUACACAUUUAAGGGCAUAUAUGUAACUGAAGUACAUGAUGGAAGCCCUGCAUCAAGGUCUGGAUUACGAAUACAUGAUAAAAUAUUACAAGUACGAAUAUCAAUAAUUACUACCUAUGAAUUAUUUAAAUAAUUAACAUUAUGAUAUUUGGUGUUUUAGUGUAAUGGAUAUGAUUUUACAAUGGUAACUCAUAAAAAGGCGGUGGACUAUAUUAAAAAGCAUAAGAUACUAAAUUUACUAGUUGCCAGAAGAGGUGUUACAUCUACAUAA